AUGGAUGUAGACCAAUGUAACGGCAAUAUCCCCACUGAAUGUGAUUAUGACACCAGGAAGUUCCACCAGAUUCAAGUGAAAGAUCCCCUUUCACAAUGUUCAUGUUCGUUUACCAUUCCUAAACGAUAUAUCAAUCUCAAGUUUCUGAAUGCAGGUGCUCAAGGAACUGUUGUUUCUGCUGAUGAUACCGUAACCGGGACAAAAGUCGCCAUCAAGAAGAUGCAACAGCCGUUUGUGAUGACGAUGAGUGCUCGAAGAGCUUACCGAGAGUUCAUCCUGCUCACCACAAUCAAGCAUCCCAAUGUAAGCACCUGUCUAGGCUUGCUAUUGAAUUUUCGGAACGUCAAUUUUUUUCAUUUGUCAAUUUUUGAAACGAAACGCGCAUUAGGAAACACCGCCUGCAUGUUUCAUUUGAAGACACACUGA